AGGCAAGCCACGUGCAAUGUGAGCACUUUACUAGAAGACACUGUUGUUGGCGGCCACCUCAAAGUUGAACGAUUAUAUAUAUAAUAAGUCUGAACAAACUCAACUCACACACCGAUCACCGAUCACCGAUAAGAUGCAGGUAAUAGCAAAAGCAAAAGCUGAGGAGAAGAAAAUCGGCUUGACAGAAACAUGGUUGAGGAAACACCGUCCUAUCUACGACGCAGCAACCAGACACCCUUUUAUUCUUAGCAUCCGUGAUGGCACCGUUCAAUCUCAUUCCUUCAAAACAUGGCUCGCUCAGGAUUACUUGUUCGUUAGAGCGUUUGUUCCAUUUGUUGCGAGUGUUCUGAUUAAGGCUUGUAAGGAAUCAGAUGACAGUGAUGAUGUUGAAGUUAUAUUGGGAGGUAUGGCUUCUCUCAAGGAUGAAAUAUUAUGGUUUAAAAGAGAGGCCAACAAAUGGGGUAUUUCAUUCUCAGAUGUUGUUCCUCAAAAAGCUAACAUAAACUAUUGCAGGUUGCUGGAAAGUUUGAUGAGCCCAGACGUUGAUUAUACCGUGACUCUUACUGCAUUUUGGGCAAUUGAAGUGGUGUAUCAAGAGAGUUUUGCACAUUGCAUUGAAGAAGGCUCAAAAACCCCACCAGAAUUGAAGGAGACUUGUGAAAGAUGGGGAAAUGAGGGAUUUGGUCAGUAUUGCCAAUCUCUGCAAAAGAUACUCAAUCAGCGCUUGCAGAAGGCUUCUGAUGAUGAACUCAAAAAGGCUGAAGUUAUGUUACUCAGUAUUAUUGAACAUGAAGUUCAUUUCUGGAAUAUGAGCCGUGGAAAUGUCUGAUUUUGUUUAAAAGAAAUCUUUGAUGUUUGUGUACUGUGUAAAAUAAUGAAACCUUGUUUAUCUUGUUAAGUGUAUGGAAUGUCUAGAUUAAUUGAGUGGGAAGUAAUUAAGCAGCAGGUUAAAGGAAUGUACCAUGUUUUAUUAAGAAGGAAAAAAUGUCGUAGAAUUUUCAAUAAGUUGUUAGUGUUGCUUUCUUCCA